AUGAAGUUUAUCACAUCUGUCACCGUUUUGGCUUCUACUGCUACGGCUCUGGAGUGGCUCCCCGUUGUGCCCCUUCACGCCCGCCAGGUCACCGGCGGAGCCAAGUACGAGUGUCACGAGAACUGCGGCUAUGCCAUUCUCGGAGCAGCCGAAGACAACUACUGCACCAACUCUACUUGGACGGACUACGUCGAGGGAUGCCUGCAAUGCGCAAACACGUUUGACAUCUGGCAAUACUACGGAGACGGCGUCACAGAAGCCGCGGACGGGUGUAACCUUGACGCGACACCUGUCACUGCAUCGAACAGCACGACGAACGCAACUACAACAGCCGGGACAUCUGGCACAGCUGGUGCCUCGUCUACUGCUUCUUCAACCGGCUCGAGCUCGUCUGCCACUUCGAGCACCGACGACAGUGCUGCGAAUAGCAACCAGCCUGCUACAAUCGUUUUCGCAUUGGCUGCUGUUAUGGCUGCAACUCAGCUCUUAUGA